AUCAUUUUGUAGAAGGUUCUCUCUCUGGAAAUCAAUCUCACAAUGCGCUGAAAUCCAGACUUGAAAAAUACUUAUCUUAAAAUUAUACAUUUUGGCAAGUCCUGUCUACGUAUGUAUUAGGAUGGUCCUAGUUUGUGAAAGUCUGAUUUCAAAAUGGGGCACCCUGUUCUUUUGUUCCUAAUUAUGGAAAGAAAAUUGAGAACUUUCUGCCUUUUUGAUAUACGUUACGUCCGGUAGCAAUCUCUAAAACUCAUUGAAUCUCCACAAACGUAGAUUGAUAUUACUUUUAUACCAAAAUCUAUCAAAUGGGGGGUUGCCUUAUUUCAAAUUUGAAUUAAUAUUUUAGUACCACCCUACUAUGUAUAUGUUCUUGUCCUCUUUUGCUAUAACUUUGUUUCACCACUUUUACAGAACAAUGUACAUAAUCUCUUUAUGGUAAGACCAAACAAACACGCAUGUCUCAGGGCAGGUUUAUCGUCCUAUUGGGAGGUCUUUCUCCGCAAUCAAAAGUACUAAUCAGCAUGAUUUUAUUGUACAUAAUACAAUUUUGUCCAAAAACCAUUGCUACCCUAAAAUGACAGGAAUAUGCACAAAAUGUAAUAUGUAAAUGGAUAAAACAAUGAAAUAAAAUUGAAGCUGACGCUCCACAAAAACAUUCUCCAUUAAUGAAAAAACGGUGUCUUCCUAUUUUUCUUUUUCGAAGUAGAAACCGUUAAGGUUAGUGUUUCUGGGCCAACUAUAACACUGUCAAGUGCAACAAAUGUAAAUUUCUUGACUUGACUUCUAGGGUACUCGCCAGGAAGUUGUGUCCGGUCAUAACUCACUGUGAUUACACAGGAAGCCCAAUUAUGAUCUUUCAACCAACUGUUGACAGAAUAUAUAUUGGUAAGAUCAGAAUUGUACUACCUGUGUAAACAGUUCAAAGGACAUAUGAGUGUAGUACUGAACUAGUGUCCUGGGACACAGCCAUUGACGUUGUGAGGCGAACUCUUCCAGGUCCAGCUGUGUCGUCAUGGGACCCACCGACUGCAACACGACAGCACUGCAGAACACAUUAACCCAGAUGGACAGUCACCUCUACCACCUAGUCAAACUGAUCUCUCUGUGCGUCAGCUGUGCGCUCAACACCGUCCUCAGCAUCCCUCUACUGGUGGCCAUCAUCAGGGCCCCCUCCCUUCUAAGCCAAACCCGCUUCUUCAUCCUCACCCAUCUCCUCUGCUGCGACAACAUACAGCUGACGCUCUUGACCGCCAAGGCAGCCCUUCUGAGCUGGUGGGAGGGAAUGCCCGUAGAACACUGUCUGGUCUUCUUUGCUGCCACCCAAGCCUUCUCCAUGGUGGAUCUCCUCCUCAGCACGGCCCUGGCCCUGGACCGCUGUGCGGCCAUCAAGUGGCCCCUGAAGUACGACCUGGUGGUCUACCCACGCCGCCGCCGCUCCGCCAUGGCAGCCAUCUGGUCCCUGUCGGCCCUGGUCAGCAUCGUGUCUCUGGGCAUAUCCCUCGGCACCAUAGAGGUGAACGCCUCUCGGCCCCGCUGCAGAACGCUCGUCCUGGCCCCGUGUCUGUCCGGGUCAGGGGCCUUGGCCUUCAGCCUGUUCCUCACUGUGGUCAGCGGGGUGCUGAUCCCCAUCUGCCACCUCACCACCCUGGCCUGUUUCCUGCUGCUGUGCUGGGACACCAGGGGGCGCGGUGGGCUCCUCCGCUCCAGGCGAGCGCUGGUCACGUUGGGCCUACAGGCCACCCAGACGCUGUUCUACUCGGUGCCUUUGGUGCUCGACUCCCCUCUCCUCCCCUUGUGGGUCCACUGUGACGGGCUGGACAUAGCCACCACCACGGCCUAUAACCUGGGCAUAUCUCUGAUACCGCUGGUGUAUGGCUACCGCUCCAGGGAACUGCAGAGGAGGCUGCUACAGGCCAAACCGUCUGCAUUUGUUAUGCUCAGCAAGUGGAAGUGUUCGAACACGGGGAAGUGUUUGAACCAAGAUGGCUCCAACAGUUAAAGACAGGAAGCCAUUUGAAUUAAAGCAACUGUCAAACCCGAUCUGCCAAUAACAGGACAGCGUAUGAACCAAGUCAGCUACGUUAGCCAAUUACAAGGGAGCAUUCGAACCAAGUCAGCUGCAUUAGCCAAUUACAGGGAAGUGUUUUGAUUCACUAUAUGAUUAACUGACAAAUAAUGUGAUCUUUAUAAGGUUAAUUGCAUGAGUUUCAUAUUGGUGGGGUCACAUUUACAAUUAUUGCGGUGUUCUUCUUAUUGUUGCGGGUUCCUGUUUAUCUGCUUAACAUCCCGGGGGACAUUAUCCCCUUGUCCCCCCCGCUCCUACGCCCUUGCUGCCAGGGGCUGCUGACAUGACAUCUUUCAAUGCCUAGCUGGGUGUUUUACAUAUCAGUCAAGUGUAUGUCAUUCAAUGACAACGUUAGAUUUCUUCAGGCAUUCUAAUUCAUUAUUGGACAUAAAUGUACAGAAACAAAGAGGUUCGUUUUUGUUGAUCAUCAAGCCCUUCAUUAGUGAACCAGGUUAGUGAGAUACGACAUUGGGUUAUGUCUGGGGGUUCCUGAGGAGAGGGUUGAAGAUGUAGUCCAGUGGUUCCCAACUCCGGUCCUCAAGCACCCCCAUCACUGGACAAACACACCAAAUUCAAGUCAAUGAGGGCCUGAACAUUUCUUGCACAAGUUCAAUCAGCUGUGCUUGGUUGGGGCUAAAAUAAAAAUGUGUACCACUGGGGGACUUGGGAAACGGAAUUGGGAACCACUGAUCAAGUCCCCAAAGCCUUGAUGAGGCAACACCUGAUUGGAAAGUCAGAUUGUCAUGUCUAGCAAGAAUGACAUUUGUUUUGCUUUGCCCUCCACCCUUGCUUAUAGUUUCUUGAAGCAAAUCAACACUUGUCAGGCAGAAAUUGCCCAUCAUGGCAAGUCUGUUCCGUUUAAUUGAAGUCCAAAGUCCAACACCUCAAAGUCUGGAACUGAAUUCAAGAAUCCCCUGCCGACCCUUUUCCAUUAGAAAGACUAAUGUCAACAUGAGUCCACACCUCAGCCCAUACACACCUCACCUGUGGGUUUUCCUAGGAGGCAUGUGAAUUUUGAUAACACAAAACAUGUCUUUUUUGUUGUUGUGUCUGAACAAGGCUGAUAUGCUUCCCUGUAAUGGCAGAUUUGAAUAGCUGAGUCAAUAGCCAGGUGGAGAAGGGAAUUUUGCAUUUGCUAUUGUCUAGGUAUUGACAGAACCAAAUCAAAUGGGGCUAAUGAGCAGAAGUGGGAUAGCAUGCCAACCUUAGUAAUGUUAGCUUACCAAUGACUAAUCAGAUGUUUCAUACAGCAGAGUUGAAUGUGGAAAAUGUAAUUUCAUAAAAAAUUAAUCUUUAUUUAAUAAUAAAACAUCACCACCAAAACCACAAUUACAUAAAUAGUAAGACAAAUAUAUAAAGGGAUUUUUUUUGCAUCUAUGGCUGAGAAGUUGAAACUUUUCCCGCAAUGCACAUGAAAACCUUUUACAUUUCAUUAAACCUGAAAAAUAAACCUUGUAAACAUACUUAAGUUCUGUUGUUUUCUUUUUUCUUUCAUAGUUCACAGAUGAAUAGUUCAAGUAACUCAAACAUGUAUAAUGCAAAGUAAUUGGAGUCCAGUCUGGACAGAG